AUAAAUUUUUUUAUACUUAUUUCAAAAAACAAAAAGUUGGUGUUUCCUAUUUUGGGCCUUUCAAUUUGAUAUUGGCCUAAACAUCUUUAGUUAAAAUUUGGAUGCGUAGCAUGUAAUUCGUGUCAAAUUGCUAAGGAAGAAGCAUCAUAGUGUGGCAGUGAUCCGUGAGAAAGAGGAAAGAGGGGACAGAAUGGGUUCGCGAGGAGCAAACAUGGUGAUUUUAAGGGCAAACAGAAUGAAAUCCAAGUUGCAGUCCGCGUUAGAAGCAACUGUUAUAGAAAUAGAGGACGUCUCCUACCAGCACGCGGGUCAUUCUGCUUUUAAGGGCGAUCACGCCGAGACCCAUUUCAAUUUGAAGAUUGUUUCACCCAAAUUUCAUCAACAGACACUCGUCAAGCGCCAUCGCAUGGUCUAUGAUGCUCUGGCCGAUGAACUCCGCUGUGGACUCCACGCUCUCUCCAUUGUCGCUAAAACUCCCCGAGAGGAAGAAGUAGCUGCUGCUGCUACUCUAAAUUGGAGACGUACUCAAAGGCCUGGAAAGGAAGUUGUGGAGAAAGGAGGUUCUUAUAUGCUAAAG